UCUCUAAAUUAUUUAAAUGUCAUCUUACUAUUUUUAUAGAACCAAAUGCAAAUAACAUUUAAAAGAAAAGAUAAUACAAUCGAUUGUUAUAUGUAUUAUUCACAGAUAUUAUUAUUUUUUAUUAGAUCGAUCAUCUUAAGAUAAAUUAACAGCGAGAUCAUCGAGUUGUCGAUUAAAAAAAAAAAAAUAUUAAUUUUGCAAUAGAUUUAUUUCUAUUUGCGAGACAAUAGCUUAACAUCGAAGAUGUCAAAAGAUAAUCGAGAUCUCUGUUCUCUGAUGUCUAAAAGACGAGAGAAAAAUUUGCAAGAUUAAUAUAAUAAGGAAAAAAAAAAAAAGGAUUAGAUAUAACUUAAUAAUCUUUGCUGGAAUACUUAAGAUGAUUGUUCUUGAACGUACAUUAAUUACAUUAUAUAUAUUUAUAUAUUUAUAAGUUUGUUUUAUUGUAUUUUUACACAUGUUUUUUGAAAUAAUUUAAACAAUUUAUUGCAUGCUAAGAUGAUUGUUGAAAACUGAAAAAGAAAUCGUUUAAGCGCACUCGCAAAAGCAGCUGCCUUCCUCUAUUAACUAUUUAUAAAUUUUGUUUAUCUCGCGCAACUCCGGUCGAAGGGUGAGCAAAUAAAAUACACACAGAUACACAUACAUACAUUGCUGAAUGUUACAAAUAUUUUAGAUAUAUUAAGACGAUAACAAUUACCACGUGAGUGUAUUACAAAUACUACAAAUAGCAUCAGUGAAUUAAUGAUAAUAUAGAAAUAUAUAUAUAUAAAUAUAUAUAUAUAUAUACAUAUGUAUGUAUGCAACGUGUGUUCGAUUUCACGCGCGUAAGCGCGUACGUUUGACAGAUGUGUGAGUGAUAUAUAGAUUAUAUAUAUAUGUAUAUACACACUAUGCAUAUACAUGUAUACAUAUAAAAUUAAUAUACAUUGUGUACCUAUAGCAAGUAGUCAUUAAAAUAUUGAAACAUCGCAUAUAUAAACCUGACUCGAUGAAUAUUCGCAGAUAAUGACGAACACAAAUUUAACAAAUAAGAUUUGUUAAAUAUGAUUUUUAUUUAAUUAUAUAUUUAUAUCGUUGCGUUGUUGUUCUUCGCAUAUUAUUUUAUCGAAGAUUAAUUUAAGUGAUAAAUCAUUAAAUUGCUUAGUUAAUCUAUCGUUAGUUUUAUUGUAAGUUGAUGUUACAAAUAGUAAUAUAAAUGAAUUAUAAAUAUCAGUAUUAGCAAUCAGAGCAUAUCAGUUUGGCAAAUUAAUUUGAUAAUAGUUAUCGGUAUGUAUUUCAUAAUACUGCGAAUCUGCAUCGAGUUAUCCUAUAUAAGUUUAAGAAUUGAUUUUUGUAAAGAGGUGAUAAGUACAUAUAUCAAGAUAAUUGACUUAGCUUAAAUGCCAUGUGAGAUGUGAGGGAAAGGAAGAAAAUAUACGUCCUUUAAAUAGCAGUUCGGAUUUAGAAGUUAAAGGAAGAGAAUAAUAAUGGAGCUAGACUUUAUUUUUACAAUUUUUUCAGUUUUUCUCGUACAAUGUGUAUCAAUCUGUAAUCAUGAUCCUGUAUUAUAUCAGUAUAUAAUGCGCAGUGUGACACUCGUAUAAAACAAUAUACACAUAAGCAGAAAUUACUUUUCUGCUAAUAACUCCUAGCUUUCCUAAAACUCUCUAUCUUUAUCUAACAAAAAAUUGCACCAAGUUUCAAAACCAUACACUUAAUAAAUGCCAAAACAUUGAAAUGAAUGCUCCUUCAAGGUCGUUGCUGUGGCUCGUAAGAUGAUUGUACAGGAUAGUGGAUUAUUAGAUAACGUUAAUGCAUAUAUCACAGUCAAAAAGUCUAUUGCCUAUGGAUCGUUUUUGCUUGUGAUUUUUAUUUUUAUCAAUGUUGAGAUAAAACUAAGGAAUACACAUAUUUGUCUUUAAGUUUUGAAGGAUAGUAUAAAGAAAAAAAGAAAAAAGAAAGAAACCAAAAAAGAGAGAAAGCACUUAAAAAAAAAAAAGAAAAAAAGAAAAAAAAAGAAAACAAAGUAACUGUUAAAAUUAAUGAUUUUCUUAUGAGUUCUUAGUAUACAGUAUAUACUAAGAUCUGCGCAUCCAUCCAAGCUAACCUUAAACCGAUAAAAAUAACGGAUAAAUGAGAAUACAUAAUAUUAGAAUAUCACUCUUACAUAGAAGCAUUAUAAUUUUUAAAUUAAACAUCUCCACGAUCAGUUCCCCGCCUUCGCCUAAAUUAUUAGUAGAGUAUAUUAUCGUUUAAGGAUAAUUACCUCUCCUCCCACCCCAUCCACCCACUCACUCACCCCCUUUUUCCCCCCUUCACACGCAUUUCUCCUCACCGCUCACAAGUUUUAAUGCAUUAUUACACCUACCCCUCAAUCCCCAUGAAAGAACAUUGUGUUUGUGGAUAUAUGUAAUUUUACUUAUCAAUAAAUAAAUUUAAAAAAUUACAUGUCGCAUUAAAUCCGUUCUAAUACAAACGUUUUUGUUAAAUCGAAGGAAUGAUCUUUAAUUAAAUAUUUGAACUUGACAUGAGUAUUUCACAUCUUUCUAUUUAAUUACUAUAAAUAAACAUUCAAAUUUUUCCAAAAUAUAUAUAUAUCAAGGUUAUAAAAAAAAAAGCACAAAUGAAUUCGUAAAGAAAUAACAUUUUCCACAUUGGAUUAAUAACAAUUCAAAUUAUCUAACAUUUUACCGCGGUAAUUUGUAUUAGUUGAAACGAUCUGUCAUCAGAUGUCGCCUCGAUAGAAUAAAUCUCGAAGCUUGUAAUAACUCUUAACUAUCAAACCAAUGACGAAGUAGUAUCAUCGAUGGUGCCGCCUCAGUGAAACUUCGUUCGUCGUCGUAAGCGCCUCGUAUUGGCACGGUGGCGUACGAAGCGAAGCUUCGGCAAAGUGUCCGUAAGAACGUUAACGAUUGCCGAACAGAGCAGUCGCGUUCGCGCGUACCUAAUAUACGCGCGUUGGGAUUACGUUCUGUUGUUGUCAAAAAGAAAGAAAGGCAGGAGAAGGAAAGACGAGAGAUAUGUAUUCUCCCGUCGUUUAUCGUCGUAGGAAGUUCGACAGCGGGAAGAUGUCGUCGGGUAGAUAAUUGUUGUCCGAGAGCAGCCUACGGGCGAUUCUCUUGAAGGCUUCAGAAGGAAACGAAAUAAAGAAAAGGAGAGAGAGAGAGAGAGAGAGAGAGAGAGAGAGAGAAACUUGGCACUACGUUCAAAAAUACAUACACACACAUAUAUAUAUAUAUAUAUAUAUAUAUAUGAUAGAGAAAGAGAGAGAGAGAUAUAGAUAGAGAGUAUAGUAGUAUACACGAGCAAAUAUAUUAUAUCGUAUUUUGCAUCCUUCUCUUUCUCUCUCUUGCGGGAUUUGUCCCUCCUCUAUCGCCAACGUCGACACACCGUCAGAACGUUUAUCAUCAUUCGUCGUCGUUCUAAUCGUCAAUGUUUUCUAACCGUAAUCACGGAAACGGUGGUGGUAAUUAAAAAGAAGAAGAAAAAGAAAAGGGAGAAAUAGAAAAAGAUUGGAAGGAAAAGGUGACAGUGCCAACGUCGUUGGAAUUUAUGGUGCGCCUGCGAGAGAGAAAGACUGUAAAGUGAAAGAAAGAUAUAUAUAUAUAUAUAUAUAUAUAGAGAGAGAGAGAGAGAGAGAGAGAGAAAGAGAGAGAGGUAACGCGAGCUACGAGAGAGAUUAUUGGAGAUAGAAAGAGAGAGAGAGGGAUAUAUCGGUGACGGGUGUGUGUGCGCGAGAAACGAGACAUACGGUGCUAGAGAAGGCACGAAGAAGAAAUCUAUCGGUACUCUUGUGCUUUAGUAAACGUCGUUUCGAUCGUCGUAGUUGGUUGAUGGUAGUGGUUGUGCGGUGACAGUUCUCCCGUUGUCCCGUUCAAAAAAAAGUGUUCUCAUGUGUAUGUCAUCUCCGUUAAGGCUUAAGAAAGAUAGAAUAUAAGAGAAAGAAUCAACAAUAACAAUAACAAUAACAAUAACAAAAAGAAGAAGAGGAGAAAAGAAAAAAUGCCGGGCCUAAUCGCGGUGAGCGAGUUCGUCGAGGAAACGAGGGAGGAUUAUAACUCGCCCACUACGUCGACCUUCGUUUCUCGAAUGCCACAAUGCAGGCAGACCAUCACAUCCCUCGAAGAGACUCUGGACUUCGACAGAGAUGGUCUUACCAAACUAAAGAAGGCCAUCAAGGCAAUUCACAAUUCUGGAAACGCCCACGUCGAUAACGAAGUUUAUCUCGGGAGAGCCCUUGAAAGACUCGGCGAUGCUGCCCUUAAGGAACAAGAGCCCGAUAUAGGAGCAGCAUUCCUUAAAUUCGCAGUGGUUACCAAGGAAUUGAGCGCCCUUAUGAAGACUCUGAUGCAAAAUAUCAAUAACAUCGUAAUGUUUCCGUUGGAUUCGGUACUGAAAGGAGAUUUGAGAGGUGUGAAGGGCGAUCUCAAAAGACCAUUCGAAAAGGCGUGGAAGGACUACGAGGCAAAGUAUGCGAAAAUCGAGAAGGAGAAAAAGCAACAUGCCAAGGAGGCUGGCCUUAUUCGUACGGAGGUUACACCAGCCGAGAUUGCCGAUGAAAUGGAGAAGGAGAGGCGAUUAUUUCAAUUGCAAAUGUGCGAGUAUCUCAUAAAGGUGAAUGAAAUCAAGACAAAGAAAGGUAUCGAACUGUUGCAGCAUCUAGUCGAAUAUUAUCAUGCUCAGACCAACUAUUUUCAAGAUGGCCUAAAGACCAUAGAACAUUUUGGUUCAUAUGUGGCCGAUCUGAGUAUUAAGCUGCAAAAGAUUCGACAAACUCAGGAUGAAGAACGAAGACGUUUGACAGAGUUAAGGAGUUUACUUAGGAGUUCAGGUUGUGAUAAAGAGCUAAAUGUAAAUGCAAGCGCAGGAUAUUCCUUGCAUCAACUUCAAGGUGAUAAACAGCAUGGUGUAACACGUUCUGGACAUUUGUUGAAAAAAAGUGAAGGAAAGAUGAGGAGAGUUUGGCAAAAAAGAAGAUGUGCCGUACAAGCCGAAGGUUAUUUGGAUAUUUGUCAUGCGGAUGAGAAUAAACCACCUACAAGAGUGAAUCUACUUACGUGCCAAAUAAAGCUGGUACCGGAUGAUAAAAGAGGCUUUGAUCUUAUAAGUUAUAAUCGUACGUACCAUUUUCAAGCGGAAGAUGAAGCAGAUCAACGUGCUUGGAUGUCGGUAUUGGUAAAUUGUAAAGAAAGAGCUUUGCUACGUGCAUUCGAUGCUAGUGGGAAAGCUGAAGCUGGCCAAGGAAAUCCUAGUUUAGUCGAAUUACAACAGGCAGUUAUACGAUGCGUUAUGCGAUUACCUGGAAACGAACAAUGUUGUGACUGUUCCUCUCAAAACGAUGCUACCUGGUUAUCUACAAAUUUUGGUAUAAUCGUAUGUAUAGAAUGUAGUGGUAUUCAUCGAGAUUUAGGGGUGCAUAUAUCAAGGAUACAGUCUUUAACUUUAGACAAUGUAGGAACCGCCCAAUUAUUAUUAGCACGGCAUAUGACUAAUCAAGCAUUUAAUGAAGUGAUGGAAGCUACAUUACAUCAUAAUCUUAAACCAACGCCUACGUCAACGAUGGAAGAACGGUACGAAUUUAUAAGAGCCAAAUACGUUGAUAAAAAAUACGUCAUGAAUACUUGUGCGGAUGAACGAGAUCUCUUAUCAGAUUUAGAACAUGCAGUUAAUAAUCGUGAUCUACAACAACUCUUACAAGUUUAUGCUGAGAACGUCGAUCUAGCAGCACCUUUGCCCACCUCUGAUAUAGGUGAGACUGCUUUACAUUUGGCAAUCUUACGAGAGAUGGGCAACAGUCUACAAAUUGUUGAUUUUCUUAUACAAAAUAUGCCAACUGGUGGUAUUGAUAGGACAACGGUUGACGGUGAAACGGCGUUACAUCUUUCAGCGAGGCACGAUAGAUCGGAAGCUAUGAAAUUACUUUUACGAGCUGGUGCCGACCCAAGUUACAGAAAUAAACAGGAUAAAACUCCGUUGGACAUUGCUCAGGAAAUGGGACAUCAUACUUGUAAAGAAUUACUUAGUCAUGCUUUACAAAGACAGAAGACAUUAUUCGAUAACGUUAACAUCGAUUGGAAUCUAUCUCAUGAUGAAGGUUCAACGGACUUUUCCGAUGAUGAAACGAUCAUUGAAGAUAGGAAUGGCUGUCUAACGCCUGAGAAAAAGUCACGUAGCAGACCACCUUCGUAUGCUGGUGGUGGAGGCACAGGUUCUGGUGAUUCACCGGUGACAUUACGUAGUCGUAGCAGUACUUGUGAUAGUCUACAAAGUGGUUCCUCUCCAAGUUCCUCUACCAACAGACAACAAAUGCCACCGCCUCCUCCACCACAAACGAGAAAACCUGUUGCUGUACCCACACCGAUGACACCAGAUAUUUCAAUAAAUAUCCAUGGAUCAUUGAAGAAACGUGUUGCACCGCCUCCCCCACCAUCAGGAAGCUCAAGUGGCAUUCCAUCUUCUCAUUAUGGUACACUACCUUCGUCAGCGUCAUUAGCAACAUCCACACAUAGCCGGACGACGAGUGAGCCAAUCUUAGCUGGACACACCUUACACACACUAUCGCAUACUUUAAACACACUUAACAAUCAACACCAUAAAAGAUCACCCAGUGGAGACUCUUCUACAGGGCAUGGAAUGGACAAGACCAAUAGUUCCACGCUACAAAGACCACGUAAUCCACCACCACCUGCACCGUCCAGUGUUAGCACUUCCAGAUUGAGUAAUGGUCGUAGUAGCGAGUCUCUAAGUUCCAUGUGUUCGGAUCAUGGCCUUGGCAAUCCUGUUCCUCCUCCACGAAAGCGAAGGGACCGAUCCAGGCUAGAGAGCUACGCCGAGGAGCCUUCAUCUUUGCUCUCAAAUCUAAAUCUGCCAACGUCAUCGACCUUGAACGGUUUUCGACGAUGUCGAGCGCUAUACGAUUGUGAGGCUGAUAACGAGGACGAGUUAUCAUUCCGUGAGGGUGAGGUUAUAAUCGUAACGAACGAACAAACCGACGACGACAAUUGGAUGGAAGGUGCAUUGGAAAGAGCACCUGAAAGGAGAGGGAUGUUCCCGAUAAGCUUCGUUCAUAUGCUGCAAGAUUAACAUUCGGUAAGCCUAAACUCGUUGGCAAGUGUCUCGAGUACGGCAAGUUCGGUAAGCAUCGCCAGCCUUGGAAGAAGAAAUUGGCUGAGAAAGCAGAAGGAUUAGAAGGAGACGAAGGGGAUCGACGUUGGAGAACGUGAAAUCCUUAAUUUAUUAAAAAUAUUUUUUUGUUUUAUUUUAUUUUAUUUCUUUUUUUUUUUUUAUUUUUAUUUUUUUAUUAUUUUUUUUUUUUUUUGGAGGUUAACGUGCAAAGAAAAACAAGUUAAAUAAUCUUAAGUUGGCUCUUAGAGAGACCAUGUUUAGUUUUUUUAAUUUCUUUGAAGUUGAACGGGAAUUGUUCCUUAUUUUUUUUUUGUUUUGUUUUUAUCUCUUUUCUUUUUUUUUCUUUAUUUUAUUUUCGUUUCGUUUCGCUUCGCUUCAUUUCGUUUCGUUUCGUUUCGU